GCGAAAGUCAACUCAGUUGCGCUAGCCAAUGUGCUUUCUGCACACAAUCUGCGCCCGAUGAGCGCCUGGGAUGCUGAGUCGCGCACAAAAUAGAUGUAGGCGCGCGAAUCACGAGGAGAAAAGUGCGGAGGUGCGACCUUGCGGGUUCCCUCAUUUCUCUGCAUUCGUCUGUGGAAAAUUUUGCAGCAACUUCCUCGUUUCGGAGCUGAACGCUCAGGUUCAGAAGCAGGCAGGAUUGUGCUGCUGCUUGUUGGGCAUUGUGGUUGGGAAACGGCCGUGCUUUGUUGCCAGUGGUGGAAUGCGCUGCUCUGGAAUACCGGUAAUCGGCUGAGUAGUUACCGUGAGAAACGGCACGAGGGCUUAGUCAGAGUUGCGCUUUGCUGUGGUGGUUGCAUUAGCGCCUAGGCGCGGCUUCACCUUCUCUGACAUUGUUUGGUCAGCGAGCCUUUCCAUAUUCCGGGAUGCUGGGGUAAAGAAGAAAGGGUCUACCAGAAGAAGCAUAAGAAGGUUUUCAUCUGUACAGCAAAGUAUCCUAGCUUGCGCUAGGCAAGAGAAAACCAUACAAGCUACCUAUUCAGGUGGACCAUUCCUCUUACAGAGACAAUCAGGGGAGAACUGUUUUCCAUCAUACAUAGAAGAAUUGAGUACAAAUUCCUCAUACUGAAGAAACAACUAGAGUGAAACAAAAUGAGUUCCAACAACUUUGUCACUUCGGGAGACUGUGAGGGGUAUGACCUCUCGGGAACUGAUGAGAAGCGCUUGGGGUCUCCCCCCAACCAAGCCUUGGACAUUGUCGUUAUUGCGAUAGUUGGAGUCUGCGUCAUUCCUUUUAUUCUGGGGAACGCCGUCAUGGUCUGGCACCGAAACUACCUCCCCAUCAAGUAUAAGCGCGUGGACGCUACGGUCAUAAGCUCCAUCGGCGGGCUCAUCUGGAUUGCUGCAACCAUUGUGGUGAACGACCAUUUCGGACGUCCGAAGAACACGUUCUGGACGAUCUGUACGUUGUGGACGUUUUGGUUGCAGCUGGGGCUCGGCUUUGCGCUCUGGCUCAACUGCCUGAUUGUUCGCAUGUGGCGUCUCCACCGCCUGCUCGUCCAGGCCAAAAAGACCACGGAGCGGGACUUUUGGAUCCCGCUCGUAGUCCUCCUGCUGCCAGUCAUCAUCUUCUGCAUCUUUGCCUCGGCCCAGCACGCCAGCAAUUUCCGGUGCAUCGCGUUCAACAACGACGACGUCCGGGGCGAUUGCAUCAUUAAGAACUGGCGGUGGGCCGUGUCGGCGCUCGUCAUCCUCCCCUUCUACUUUAUUGUUCUCGUGGUGCUGACGUUCCAGCUACGCAACGUGCGCGACGAGUUCAACGAGUACAGCACUGUGCGCAAUGGCGGCGUCAUUGCGUUCUUCCUCUUCUUCUUGGCUAUGGUCAUCCUGUCCACCAAGACCUAUUACCAGGUCACGGGGCGGUGCUUCUUCACACUGGCGGUCUCGGCAGAGGUCUUCUACUUCUUCUGGAUCAGGAACUGGGAGCCCAUCUGGAAUGUCCUCUUUAACAAGCAGAAGUACCUGGACGCGUUCCUGUACAAGCUGCGCACCCAGGGCGGGCUCCGGCGGGGCGCCACCCUCGAGCAGCUAGACGCGACGGCGGCGCAGUUCGUGGUGCCGGACGGAGGGAAAACGCAGACGUUCAAGGUCGAGGAGCAGCACAUGGGCGACGUAGAGACGGCGCUCGACGCUGAGAAGAGCACCGAGCUCGAGACGAUGCUCGCAGCCUCCCGGCGGGAGGUCGAGGAACAAAGGAUCCGGGCCGCCGACUUGGAGGAGACCAAUCGCAAGCUGCGCGAGGAACUGUCGCGGCUCCGGCACGAGCUGCAGGAGUACCGCUCCCCGCGGUCUCCGCGGUCGCCGGGCGCGAGCGGACACGGGAACGCCCUCGUUCAGAACAAUGGGCAAUCGCCCAGAGCUGCUAACGGCGGCUGAGCGCAACUUGUAUCUAUUGCUACGGUAUCUUAUGCUGCCCUUAUGGCACGAUAAAAGCGCUGAACUCACUUUGCAAGAUACAUAUGGCGGUUGCCCUCACUCACCUGUAGGCGAGCGUGUUAUCGUUGAAUAGUCGUCCUCGCUUGAGAAGUGGUCCUUGCAAGUAGGGAACCAUUCUAGAUGCUACGUGCAGUCAAUUGCUGCCCGCGACAACUCGUCGUGAACAGUUGGCGGCAGAAAGGAUGGUGGUGCUCUGAUCAAGCGUGUCGAACACGAGUACGUUGCUAAGCGUGAGACUCGUCUAUGCUGAAUAGUGUUUCUAGAGAAGUGGUAGCCUCUGCGGUUGUAGAUCAAAAGGACACACGUAAUGCUCUGCGUCAGCAGCCACCCAAGGGUAGUGCUUUCGACUUGAAAAACUCCACUUUGACUGUACGUGAAAGCACGUUGCCUGACUCGAAAUUCUGCUUGCUAAGUUGGGUGCUUCGAUCUGCAUCAGCAAGUCCAUCGGCAUGGCCAGUGUCUGUGGACACAUGGAUCAUGGAAGGUCCGAAAGACUAUGUAGAGCUGAUGCAGAUGGAUCCAUG